ACCGUCUGAAAACAUGGACAACUGUGUGUCAAAGAGAAACACGGUUACCCAUAGAUGCUACAGAGGCAUUCUCAGACAUCUCCGAAAAAAAUAUCAGGCAAAUGUGAGAAGGAGAGCAAAGCACUCGAAAUAACGGAAUAUGCUGUUAUACCAGUUACCAGACGACAUACUAUACCUCGUUCUCUACUAUUUGGACUGCAAGUCUUUGAGCCGGUUGUCCCAAGUUUGCAAGAAAAUUCACACUUUCGUUAACCGUGACGCAGUCUGGAGGAGCAUAGCUAGAGAAUGCAUCAACACGGGAAUGACCAGACAAGGGACAGAUAUGUACCCCCAGAUCCCCCUAAAGGACCGGGUGAGGGUGUCACAGAACUGGCGGAGGGGACAUCAUCGGAAGGAGGUCUUGCUGAAGUGGAAGACGAAUUUGUUGCCAUGGAUACAGCUGGACCGAGAUGUCCUGUAUCUGUCUCAGGCGGCAGACAUCGGGGCAUACCACCUCCGGGUGGAGGGGGGGAGAAUCCGCAGGCCUGCAGCUGUGUAUUCAGGCCACCGGGAGGAUGUGUGCAGAUUUGUUUUGACAGACACACACCUCAUCAGUGCCGGAGGAGAUGGGAAGAUUAUUGCUCACCACCGGUGGGGUCGCCAGUGGGUCGAGUUCAGUGGCCACGGGCAGGAAGUGAACUGCGUUGACAGCCAGGGCGGGGUCAUCGUCAGUGGCUCGAGAGACCGCACAGCACGGGUAUGGACACUGUCGUCGGAGCAGCUUGGGGGAUGUUUGUACACCAUCCCCAUGUUGGACAGAGUGUGGUCCGUGGCCAUUAGUCCAUCCCAGAGCUCCUUCGUGACAGGGACGGCCUGCUGCGAGAACCCCACUCCUCUGCGCAUCUGGGACACAGAGAGGGGUCAGCUGGUAACGUGUCUGGGAGGGCAGUUUCGGCAUGGAGCGGGUGUGCUGGACGUGGCGUACGAGUCGCCCGCCCUGCUCCUCAGUUGUGGCCAUGACACCUACAUUCGCUACUGGGACCUGAGGACCAGCACCAGGAGUUGUGUCAUGCAGUGGGAGGAGCCUCAUGAUUGCGCUCUGUACUGCAUCCAAAGUGACGGAAACCACAUGAUCGCGAGUGGCUCCUCCUACUACGGCGUUGUGCGUCUGUGGGACAAGCGCCACACCCGGUGCUUGCAGUCUUUCCAGCUGUCGCCAUCCACCAGCAGCCCUGUGUACUGCCUACGGUUCAACACAUCUCACCUGUACACCGCCCUGGCCACCGCACUCUUCGCUCUGGACUUCCGGGGUCAUGUGACCAAGGUCAGGAGAUGAGGGAGAUCACGAACCACCAGCAGGAGCUUCCUCACGUCGGCCUUGGACCCCAGUGUGCCUCUUUAUGCUACGUGCAGCCCUUUGGAAGGUGGAGAAUCUUGUGUUUGUGUGAUUGCAUGUUCUACAGAGCUCUGGAUUAGAUGAUUGGACAUCACCUCCCGAAACUUGUAGACCAUACAAACCAGGCAGUGGUUUCCAAAGGGGUCCAGUGCACUGAACCUCUCCCUUUGUGACCCAUUGCUUGUCAAGAGCUGGAAGCUUCCAUUCCACUAACCCAAAUAUAUUGGGCAGCAGAUCUCCUUCUUCCCCACUGACAGAGCAUCGAUACCUACAUGUCAAGCCCCAUGGUGACUGAUGGAUUUCCCUCCUUAAUUAUUUAGGGCCAGUUAGCCAUUAGGAGGUUAGAUGAAGCAUCCGGACUGUUUUUGCCACUAAAGAAUACUGCUGUGGUUAGAAUUUAGUCACACAUCACGGUCAUAAGCAUCCGAAUAACGCAGAUAUGCUAUGGAGAAUAUUAGGUUACCACUGUCAUCCUCUGAAAUGUACCCCUAGGUGUCUUGUUUUUCGAAUAAAGUUACAAAGUUUG